AUGUUUGGAACACUGAAGCAUGGAAAAAUCGAUCUCAAAAAGCCAAGCAAAAUAGGAUUACUGAAAAACAUGGAAGCAUUACCAAGCAUACUGGUGGAUCGAUUCCUUUUUUGCUUCAUGCGGAGAGGAUGGCAAAACAGUUAAAUCGGAAACCAACAUAUGGAGAAGUGUUUAAUCGCACCCACAAACGUGCGAAGGGCCUUGGUGAUUAUAUUGAUAAUAAGUCGAAAUCCGUUAGUGAUUUGUAUACUUCUUCAAUGAGCCAGAAAUAUGGUGCCGAUGAAUCUUGUCAUCCUGAAUUUGAUCCGCAACUUUGGUGUGAUGCAAUUGGUGGUAUGGAGACUACACGGACACAUGUAUAUGGCUUUGGAACUACACCACGUGGAAAGAGUUUCUUGUCUCCUACCAAUAGUAUUGGGGAAGCAUGCUCGACGGCUUGUAGUCCACAAGUUGAUCAAACUCCACAUUCUAACACUGAAGUUGAUAAUCUAUGAGAAGAAGUGACGGUUGUGAAGAACAAACUACAAAGCUUGGAGGAUUCUCAAAAAAAUAUAGUGCAGAGUCAGAAUGAAAUCAAGGCUUUUUUGUCUCAAAUUACUGAGAUGUUAAAUCCUACAACAAUUGCUCGGAAUGCUGGAUUUUCUCAAUUUGGGACGAGUGA